AUAACGUGACGCCUCUGUCGGGGGAUUGGUCCUGUGCCAUGUCAGUACAUGCGCCCACCCUCCGCGUGUUUGAGAUUGAGUUGGAAGUGUUUGAGACGCCACGGCUAGACACCAAGACAUUUAGGGGGUGGGGGAGCCAAUCUCAUAAUCGCCGUUGACACACACCGCGGGGCGAAGGGGACACCUGCGCGCUUCGACACGGCAGGAGUCAUUUAGCCAACACUGACAACUUCCGCGGUGAUGGAGGAAGAAAUAUUGCCAGCAGACGACGGUCUCUCGGCUCCCAAAAUAUGCCGCCAGCAGCGCAGUCUGUACAGCGCGCUCAAGACCUUCCCGAGUAGCAAGCGUGCUGCCGCCAAGGCGAGGUAUGACAGACCCACAAUGGUGGAUAUCCCGCAUCUCGCAGACGGCGGAGGGCAGCAGCAUCCCCAUCCGUCAUUCAGUCACCACAGCCAGUAUAACAUUCAGCAGCAACAGCAGCAGCAGCAGCAUCGCCUGCAGUUCCAUCAAGUCAGCAUCAGCAGUAACCAGCAUCAGCAACAGCCCCAGACGUCGUAUCGUUUCCCCUGUGAGAGCAGGCCCAGCAGCAGUAGCGUCGCGACAUCCACCUCAGCACCAGCGGGGAGCGGAGCGCCCCUUGGCAGCCAGAGGAGGCUCGCGUGUAGCGAUGGAGGCGGUGGUGGCGGAGGUGGAACAGGGUUGCGCCCCGACUCCAGACACUCGGGGCGGGCAGAACUGCCGCUGCGCCACGACUCUCCAGACUGCAGUUACGGAAUAAGCAACGAGAACCGCCUCAUCCUGGAUGCGUUUGCCCAGCAGUGCAGCCGCGUUCUCAGCCUGCUCAACACCAAUGGCCGCUUCAUGGACCAACAGGGCCCCAUGCCCAUGCCCUCACCCUUCCCCUCCCACAUCAAGCAGGAGGACCUGCUGGAACGUACAGACAUGGGGCUCUCACAGGUCGCCAAGCCCCGUCCAGAUGAGCCCGGCCUGGGGCACGAUCCUGCAGCAGACCCUGACUCCCAGCGCCAACCCCCCUGGAGCCAGCAGCAGACCUCCACAUUCCUGCGCAUGUUCACAGAGUCCCUGCAGAACUACCUACUCACGGGGCCCCAGGAGCAGGGGGUGCAGGGGGUGCAGGGGGGCCGGCCGACACAUGUGGUGGAGCCCGCGGCUCCUGCCCCCUCUCCCCCCAGGCACAGCGUAGGCAGUGGUGGGGCUGGUGGUGGUGGUGGCGGCGGUUGGGCCUCUCCCUCCCCGUCCGAGUCCUACGGCCACCCCUCGUCCACGCUGCCUGAGGAAGAGGAGGAGGAGGAAGGCUGCUGCCCGCGCUGCAUCGAGCUGGAGCAGGAGGUGCUGUGUCUGCAGCAGGAGAACGAGGAGCUGAGAAACAAAAUGGAGACCAUGCCAGUGCCCUGCCAGAAUGUUCUGGAUUUCUUCAAGGCCAUGUUGCAGCAUCACAACCAGUUCCUGCCGCCUCCCUCCCCAGAGGAACAGCUGACGGAGCCAAGCCAUGGACCAAUACAGCCUAUGGAGGGCAGCAAGCAGCUGUUGGCCAACUACCCGCUCUUCAUCACCAAUAAGCAGUGGGACGAGGCCGUCAACUCCUCCAAGAAAGAUGGCCGCCGCCUGCUGCGCUACCUGAUCCGCUACGUCUUCACCACCGACGAGCUCAAGUACUCCUGCGGCCUGGGCAAGAGGAAGCGCUCCAUCCAGACGGGAGACAUCGGGCCCGAGAGACGACCCCUCAACCCCAUCAAGGUCACCUGUCUCCGAGAGUUCAUCCGGAUGCACUGUGCCUCCAACCCAGACUGGUGGAUGCCCUCGGAGGAGCAGAUCAACAAGGUCUUCAGCGACGCAGUGGGUCACGCCAGACAGGGCCGGGCCGUGGGCACCUUCAUGGGCAACGGAGGCGUUGGGGGUGGAGGUGGGGGAGGCAGUGGGAGUAGCAGCAGCUGUAGCAGUCUCUACAUGGAGGGAUUCGAUGGACAGCUGUCCCAGGACGAGCUCUUUCUCAAGCCCUCGCAGGCGGGGAUGGGGGACUGAAGAGCAUUGUCGGACUCACAAAAAGACUUUUACUGGAAGACACAAGUGGCUGUACAUUGUAUGGACAUAGAACGAGUCAGCAGAUUUGUAGCACUUUCAACUGUGAUUUCCUAAUUGGAAUGUCCGAUCUUAAACGUCCUCACUUGAUAUGUUCUACUCUGAUAUCGAGUGGGCUUUUCUGGCUUUUUUUUCAGUUGUAAACUUGUCAGUUGAAAAUGCUUCAAAUCUGAGUAAAUGAAUUGAAUGGACCUGGGUCAUCAGACUGUUCUAAAAAAGUGGUGCAAAGUUUAGCACCCUAAACAACUCCACCCUUGUGCCAAUAAUAGACUUUCUUCCAACCCGAGAACAUUCCAGACACCUCGACACACUCGCAAACCUCUGCAGAAAUUCCAUUUUUUAUUACGUCUGUGUGUGUGUUUGCUUGUUUCUGUCUGUCCUGGGUCCGAGUCGAUAGCACACCUCAGAUGUAACAUGGCAGACACCCAGAUUUAGUAUGAUUUCUUAAAAAUCCUGUUUUUUGUACAUGAGGUUUUUAUCGAUAUCAAUACUAUAGUAUUAUUGCAAUAGCUGUUUGCAUUCCCUCUUAUGAAAUGCCUUUGUAUUGUAAGGUUUUUUAGUACUCAGGUUGUUCUACGUUAAUAUUUUUGCCUCAUUGCUCUAUAUCUGCCAUGCCAUAAACUGUGGUUCUGAAUGUACUGGAAUAUACUGUUGAAGUAAGGUAUUUAAAAAAGACAAAUGUAAAUAUUACAUUACGUGCAGAAAUGAAGAAAAAAUAUGUGUAAUAGUUAUGGUGCUAAGGGGAUUUUGUUUUGUUUAAUUUAUUAAAUGAAAUAACAUAAAAUGAUAUGAUGCAUUUGCUACUCUGCAAGAUCAGAGAUAAAAAGUGCCAUGUUGUAUCUGAACGUGUUGGACACAUACUGUACACACAGUGUCCACCACUCGUGUAUAUAUGAGUAACUCUACCAGUGUAUAUUUCCUCCAAGGGUUUCUAUUGACCUGCUUUGUGACAUCUUUGUGAUAUUUUCAAAGUCUCUUCAAGACCAAAAUAGCACUUUCAUUUACACACGAUGAUGGCCCUUUGGGAUUUGCAAGGCAUCGUUGUGUGACAUUUUUUAAAUGUAUUGGGGGGGGGGGUCAUUUGCACUGAAUGUACUUAAAGGCUCGACCUGCGUCUGUGAUACUGUGUGAUGAUCCUACUGCCGUUUCAGAAAAAGAAGGCGCGCGUGACAACUUGAACUGUGGGAACAAGGGACAUCUCUCCAACAGCAUGUUCUGUCUGCUUGUCCCUCACCUUGUCCUCUUCAAACGCUUUCUUGAAAAGCCUCGAGCACGAAGGCUUAUAUGUCGUCGUGCAAUUCCAUAUUGUGACUGUGAACAUGUAACCACCAUUCCUCUUUACAAAUGAAAUCCUUUACUCUCUGACUUACCCUGUCAACACUGUGAAAUUGACAGACUAACAAAAAUCAAUUGAUGCAUACAUUAUGUCUUUCUCUAUUUCUCAGUAGCCUUUUGGAAAGCCACUGUCAGAUAAAAUUGUUUUCUGACACAACAAAAUAAGCACCUGUUCUUUAUCUAGCUGUGGGGUUCAACUGGGAACCUGCUGUAUCCUCUUAAAAAGAGAGAUUAAAAUGUACCUCGACCUGGAGUGUAUAUGUUGUUGACACAGAUGUGAGCAAGCUGGACUGAGAGGGAGUACUUCUGUUUUUCCACCAGGUGGUAGUCAUGCUCAAUGUCUCAAUGUCUUUCUGUACUACUGGCCGCAGGCUGUAUGCAUACCAUGCCAUAAUAUUUCC